AUGUUGGGCAGCCUCUGCCUCGCACUGUGCGCGUGCUCGGCCGCCGCCGUGAGUGGCGGAGUGCUUGUCGUCGGCGGCAGCGGCCGGGUGGGCGGAAGCACCCUCAAGUGGCUGAGCAAGCUUGCGCCGUCGCUGGAGCUCUCGGUUGGCGGGCGCUCGGAGCAGAGCUUUCAGGCGGCCCGGUCACGCCUUCCGGCGCAAUGCGAGUUUGUGCAGGUAGAUUUGGACGGUGGCGACGUGGCUCUGGCCGAGGCCGUGGCCGGGAGCUCGCUCGUGGUGCACACGGCCGGGCCCUUUCAGCAGCGAACCGACCCGGCGCUGAUGCGGGCAGCGAUCAAGGCCGGCGUUCCGUAUUGCGACGUCUGCGACGAGUUGCAGCUGGCACGCAACGCCAAGGCACUGGACGCGGACGCGGCGGCGGCGGGCGUGCCGUGCGUCGUGUCGUGCGGCAUCUGGCCGGGUGUGUCGGCGCUGAUGGCGGCGGAGGCGGUCAACAAGCUGGGCGGAACGGGUGCGUGCGAAAGGCUGGAGUUUAGCUUCUUCACGGCCGGCACCGGGGGAGCCGGCCCGACGAUCGUUUCGGCCACGUUCCUGCUGCUUGCAACCAAGGUGGCCAUGUACGUGGACGGCGAGCUCGUCGAGGAGGAGCCGUGGCUCGAUCGGCAGGUCCGCGACUUCGGCGAGGGCGUUGGGGAGCACGAGUGCUACACGCUCGACAACCCCGACGUCCCCACCACCGCCGAGGCCCUCGGCAUUCAGAGCUGCGUCUCGCGCUUCGGCACGUACCCUUCGUUCUGGAAUGGCCUCUUUGGUGGGCUCAAGGCGGCGCUGCCGACCUCGCUGCUCAUGGAUCGCGGCAAGAUGCAGGGGCUCGCCAUCUUUUCGAUGCCGAUCAUCCGCGCCGUGGACGCGCUUGUGGGCGGCACCAACGCCAUGCGCGUGGACGCGUGGGGUAAGGACGGCACCAAGGUAACGCUGCGAUGCGCGCACAAGGACCUCGAGGAUUGCGUCGGCCAGGCCACGGCCGCGUUCGGGAUGGAGCUGCUGCGAGGAAAGGGCGCCACGGGCGACCCGACGAUCGGUCCCGGUGUCUGGUACCCGGCCGAGCUGCAGGCGGACGCGCGCAGCAACAUUCUGGCCGUGGCGAGGCAGAAGACGCUGGUUUGGGAGGUGUAG